AUCACACAAAAAACAUAUAGCAAGUGCCCAGAUCACUUCUCUCUUCUCUUGUUUGCUUUCUAAAAAGUCUUGUUUUCGAGUUUUCUGAAAGUACAUAGUAACUCACUAGUACUACAAUGGCUAGCUCAGCAAUAAUGCUUAAGGUGGCUUGUGUGGUAGUACUCAUGUGCAUGGUGGUGACUGCACCACAAGCGGAGGCGGCCGUAACAUGUGGUAUGGUGGUAACGAGCUUGACCCCUUGCCUCGGCUACCUGAGGAGCGGUGGUCCAGUGCCAGCCCCGUGCUGCAGCGGGAUUAAGUCGCUCUACAGUGCCGCUAGCACCCCAACUGACCGCCAGACUGCUUGCAGAUGCAUGAAAUCAGCUGCUACCAGUGUCCCCGGUAUCAGCAUGGCCAAUGCUUCUGGCCUCCCUGGAAAAUGUGGUGUCAACAUUCCCUACAAGUUCAGCCCCAGCACUGACUGCGCCAAGGUGCACUGAGGUUGAUGCACAAGUGAGUCACUGCCACCAGAUUCCAGUACGUAUAUAGUGUGUGAAUAAGGGAUGGGCACCCGAGUCCUCGUAGGUUUCCAGUUGAGCGACCCACCAGUUUCCAAUAGCAGUGUGUCAUGUAGUUGGUGUUUGUAUGCAGUGACCUUUGUAUCUUUUUAUAUCUAAUGAAUCUAUCCCAGUCUUUGUUUGUUUGUU